AUGUCACGAACAUCACAAACACUCACAAACACGGACCUAGCCUUCCUCCUCUGCACCCUAGCCACCACAUCUCCCCAGUCCCAGUCCCAGUCUCAAUUUCCAAAAGUCACCCUUUCCUUCGAAACCAACUAUGGCCUCUUACUUUCCCUUGAGCCAGACGGAUCCAUCACCAUCAGUCUCCGCAACCAACCUGAUUCGGACCAGUGCCCGUUCGACAGUGCCACGCCCAUCCAGUCCCAGCAGCAGCUAUUUACCGCUCCUGUUUCCCACGGACACGGAAGCAUAGACGGGGUGUUGUUCAGCAGCCCGUUACUUGGAGCCUUUGGGAUGAUGAUGACGACAGGAACGGGUGGAGCAAGCAUUACGCCUGCUAGGAGUACUCCUUCUAUCUCUAGGUUACAGCCCGUGUCGGCGACGAUGACGCAGCCAUCGAAGCAGCAAAGUCCACAGCAAGACAUGCUCAUGGCAGCAAAUCAGGCCGGCAUUUCAAACUCAUCAAGCAUAAAAAUCAGAUAUUACAUCCGCCCCUCCGGUCUAGAGGUCAAUAGUCCAAGUUCUUCGCACAUGUAUUAUACUGCUUCCGCUUCUACACAGAGGCAAGCACCCCACAACCCAGCUAGCAACGACAACACCAAACUCCGCCCACGUGCACUGCUCCACCGCGUCAAACUCUCCCACUUACAAUCCCUCUACCACACACACCUCCCCUCCAGCCCCUUCAGGACAGGUACAGGCAGUACUUCAAGGAAAAGUACCACUUCCAGUUCCUGGUUCGACGCCUACCUAGAUUGGAUAGAUCGAUUGGACGAUGCACUUUCCCUUCAACCUCCGAGGCAGAUGACGAGUGAAGCUCAUGGACAGACAAGCGGAACCAUGAUGAAUCAUGGAGGGCCCUUUACAGACUCGGGAGAAAGAUCCCUCUGGCUAGUGGAGGGCAUGCUUCUUGCCAGCUGGUUAUCGUUACAAGAGGGGGUGGAGGGGGUGGAGUAUUUGCCGCUGCCGCACAUGUCUGCUGAAACUGAAAGGGAAAGCGGUAUGGAGGGUUACGUGUACCGGUUGGAAAACUUGCAGGGGAUGGAGAAGGGGAAACAUGCAAAUAGUGCUGGGGUGAUGAUGAAGAGGUUGUUGAUGGAGGUUGUUCGAGCUGGGGACAUGGAGUGA